AAGAGCCGUCUAUGGCGGACCCCUUUCUGUCAUUUUUAUUUUGCUUUCUCUGUGUGGAUUUAUUGUCCCCCGAAAGAAUCCAGAAUGUUGAUUAUUGAAAAUCAUUGCGGUUAUUCUUGGAGAAUUCAUACAAUAACGAUAACGGUCCGUGAAAUGCGACAUAGGGACAGGGGAGGUAAGCGAGUAUGGAGUAUCUUGAAUCAUCAUAUCCGGUUCAAUUUGACACCACAACUUCAUUAUCUCUGGAUGGUAACCACCAAAUAAGACGACGUUUCAAGUAUCCCAUAAUGCAAAAAUCGCAAUAUAUGCUUUUGAUGUGUUCCGGUGUUCUUUCGAAGAAGGAAGUCAGCUGCAAUUGUAUCUUCGCUAUGAUUUGAAGUAAAGAUGCACUCAGAAGAAGGCGCUUACCAAAAACCGGAGCCAUGUCUGCUGUAAGCAACGCGGGAGUGAAAGACGGCUCGAAGUCAAAUUUCUGGAAGAAAUCCAGUAACGUCCCGGGAAGUAUAAAGCCUGUGUAUGGUGCCCAGCAUCCUCCAAUACAAGAUAGACAACAAGAGACACAUAUGAAUCAAAACACAAGGAAAGAUGACAAAACAAAAGCCCGUUCUAAUGAUUCCUUUGUGGCCUUUGCUAAUUCCACAUCUGAUGCCUGGGAUGAUGGUGAUGAUGACCUUAUUGGUAUGGCAAACGUGCAGAUGUCCUUGCGGGAUGUUCAGUCUACUGCGAAAGCAGUUCUGGAUCACCACAGUAAACAGCAGGUUGAAGCAGGCUCAGCAAAUGAUAAGGCAGGGUUUGUCCCAUCAGGCCUCUCUUCCCCUGGCCUUGGCCCCUCUUCUCCUGGCCUGGGUCCAGGGGUAGGAGUCCGUCUGAAUAGUGCUGGAUACAAACCUGUGAAGACAACCAAUAUAAGAUUGGGUCAGAUACCUGUCCCAGACAGAGAAUCCACAAAAUUAGAACGCAUGAAAGCUGUGCUAUCAGGAAACACAGACUUAAAUGAAUUGAGGAAACUGUGCUGGUCUGGUAUACCACGGUGUAUGAGAGCAACAACAUGGAAGAUUCUUGCUGGUUAUGUUCCUGCUAGUGAAGACAGGCGGAACCCAACACUAGAACGAAAACGACGGGAAUAUUUUAACUUCAUUGACCAGUAUUACGAUACCCGGUUACAAGAGAAUUAUCAAGACACUUUCCGCCAGAUCAGUAUAGACAUACCUAGGAUGAACCCUCUUAUUCCACUUUUUCAACAGAAAGUUGUUCAGGAGAUAUUUGAGCGCAUUCUGUACAUCUGGGCCUACCGCCAUCAAGCUAGCGGUUAUGUGCAAGGAAUCAAUGAUCUGGUCACCCCUUUCUUUGUCAUCUUUUUGUCAGAAUUUAUAAAAAAUGAUGUAGAGGUGGAAAACUGUGAUUUAAAACAACUACCAGAAGAAACAUUAAGGAUUAUUGAAGCUGACAGCUUUUGGUGCACAUCGAAGCUGCUGGAUGGAAUCCAGGAUAACUACACAUUUGCCCAGCCAGGGAUCCAACAAAAAGUCAAUGAUUUAAAGGAGCUCAUGAAAAGAAUUGAUGCACCUCUUCAUGCACAUCUGGAGAAGCACCAUGUUGAGUUCUUACAAUUUUCAUUUCGCUGGAUGAACAACUUGCUCAUGCGAGAAAUUCCCUUGCGCUGUAUAAUAAGACUUUGGGAUACCUAUUUGUCUGAACAGGAUGGAUUUGCCAUUUUCCACCUCUAUGUUUGUGCUGCCUUUCUGGCUCGCUUUUCAAAAGAUCUACUGAGGGAAAAGGACUUCCAGGGUCUGAUGAUGAUGCUACAGAAUCUGCCAACACAUCAUUGGGGCAACGAAGAGAUUGGCGAAGUGCUAGCAGAGGCUUACAAACUCAAGUACAUGUUCGCUGAUGCUCCUAAUCAUCUCAAAAGCAAGACCUGACUGCAUAGGGAUGUAGCUGUGAGAUAUUCUGGUUAACCCUUUUUAAAGUAGCCAAUGCUCCCCAGGUGUGUUGCAUUGGGACAGAUUAUCAGACAGCUGAUAGUUUCCAGAGCAAAAGACCGUGGUGUAUGGGGAAAGUACUGGUACUUUUCCUAGCCAAAACUAGAUAGAAGUCGCACUUUGUUGACGAAGAGGACAAGUUGUGGACAGCUAUGGAUUGUGUGAGGAUAUGGAAAUGUUGAGCUCACAUCAACACAGGACAGAGAAAAAGAACCAGAAAUCAAAAAUCAUGGGGUUUAUCUGCUGACAUUUAUGACUAUCUUGGUGUGUGCUUAAAAAAGUGUCUGAACAGCUUCACAUCCUGACAGUUGUUGUCCAAGGGCAUCGACUUUUAGUGAUAAAAACUUCUGUUUUCCGUGCGAGAAGAAGGCACAGUAUCGCCAUGUCUAAAUAUAGGUUGUUACCUGUAUAUAUGUAAAAUAGUGACAUGUAUAAAUAAGAAAAAUUCAUUUCUUUAGGUGUAAAGUAUUUUGUUGUAUUCCAGGCUAUUGCUUAAGUAGAAUCCUUGUAAAAGAUGCAAAUUAAUUAUGCCAGAGGUUUCUCUUAUGAUAUGACUGUAGUUAAUACCUAUAAUAUCAUGCUUGUGUCACAUUUACUCUAGGAAAGUUAAAAUUAAAGGGAGGCUACUCUCGGAGAUGAUCCAGCUAUCAUUAAAACGAGAUGUGAUGGGCUUGCCGUGGCUAAUGUUUUUGGGCAUAUAGAAGCAGUACAUAUAUUUCUACUGAUAUUCUCUCCAUAGGAAUCUUGGGCUUUAGGAUAUUGGUAUUACUUUUAUUAGUGCUGUGACAUUUUCCUGUGUGUGGUUACUAUAUCCUCCCAUGUUGCCAGAAAUUCUACCUAUACACGGGUUGUACAGUGUGUUAUCACCCUGAUCACAAUCGAUACUUCCAUUGAAACCUCUGGUUUUAUGAAAUAACCUCAAAGGUUGUGAAGUCAGAUUUUUCACACUGAAUGUGAGAAUGGUUAUUAUGAAAAUGUGGCAGCAUUUUCAGUGGUUAAUGACUUGAUGUGCUAAUUCUCUCACAUUAGACCUUCUGGCCAUACGGUUUUGAUUCGGUGAAGAAAUCAAAUACUUUUUACAUGAGGAAUGAGGAAGAGACCUAAAGACAUACAGUGUCUAUCUCACAUGUAAUUUGGUGUUUCGGAGGGUUUGCAGAAGAAAGAUAGGUAUCAUAUCUCCUGUGUUGGAAGAGCAUGUUCAUUGUAUACAAGAAAAAUUAUCAUGUCUGUGAGUCGGGAUAGUGAGUUUUGCCUGAUUGGGUGCCAGUUUUGUAAAACAAAUACUCAUGUUUGAAGAACAAAUGUUUAGCCUAGUCUUGCGCAGCUAGCGGAAUAGAACUGAUCAUUCAUUUUCUCUCUCUUCUCAAGUCUUACUAUACCUGUAUGCAGACAAUAAGACAUUAGUCAUGAUUAACAGUUUCUGCAGACUUUCAAGAUGAAUUAUAUAUUCCUAGCAUAAUACAUCAGCAUGUGUAUGCUAAGUAAGAUAUAAAAUAAAGGAGCAUGGUGACUUGUGUUACGUUUAAAGAGGUGGGGACACCGUGUCCCCCCCCCCACUCCCAUAAAAAAGUCUAGUCUAGUCUAUUAGUCUAGUAAACAUUGGGGACUGCAUUUGUGUGUUUAAAAUGUCUUCUGGUUGCUGUAAAUUUGUCUUGUAUUUAUAUGCAAUGACUUAUCAUUUGCAAGUUAUCAUGUGUAUGAUAAGGGGAUGGUAAUACUUGGGAUUCAGGCCCCAUUGGAUUAAGUAUCUAUUAGAGUAUGCAAAUAGUGCACUAUUUGCAUGUAAGUUGUUCAAAUUUGAAUGAGCUAUUGCCCUGGUAAUUUAAAAAGGUUGCUUUGAAAUGUAAAAAUCACCAUACAUUGAAUCAGUUGAAUUCUUGGUUUCUAUGGAUAAAUAAUGUUAAUAAAUAAAUAAGACAUCAUUUCAUCAUAGCGACACAGAGGAAUAUAUUGCUGCUGAUACACUGUCCAUGUUAGUACUGUGACAGAUGGGUAUACUGACAACUUCUAAAGCAUAGAUUUGCAUCCUUUGUGGGGGGACCUGUAAAAUUAACACUUUUCUAUUAGAAAGGCAGGCCUACAUUUCUCUCCUGAAGGUUUGUUUAAACUUCAGGUGUGAUGGAUUGUAUACAAAUAUGCUCAUACAGUGAACACAAGUUGUUCUCAGUUUUUAAAGGUCAUACGCAGAACAACGCAAGGAUGUUAGUUAAUUGUUGAUUUGAUUUAAAUUUAUUAUGAAAUGCCAACAGGCGAAUAAUGUAAAUUCAUGUG